UUCCCUCUGAUACAGAGAUACACUCUGAUCCCCAGUUUCCUGUGUAUUCAAACUGGCAGAGAGCUGAUGAUCUUGGGCAACCCAGGUUGAAUAGUCCCAGAAAAAACGAUGAAGACAAAUAUAUUAGUGUUAAACUACCAAAUGAUAUUCUUCAACACUUUGGUUAUGGAGCUGGAAAUGAUCACAUGAGCAACAUUUUAGGAGUAUCUGCUGCUGAUCUACCAACCCUGCACAAUGACAUGGAUCCACCUAGUCCUCCUAGAUCUCCUCCUAGAACACCGGCUAGAACUACUACACUUAAACCUGUCGUACAAGAUAAACGGAGGAAAGAUCAGGAUGAUCUUCUAGCAGACUACCAGGAUCAUUACAGGGAACAGGAACCUCCAAGGAAGGUUGACAGUGUCCGUAGGACCGAGGAGGAGUAUUAUAACAAGAAGGAUUUACUUCCUAAACUUACUAAACCUCAAGAUCAAGUUGAAGGGGAGAAAAAGCCUGCAGUAUCCCCUGAUGGUGUUGGGUCAAGUAAGAGUAAGAGUAUGUGGAGUAUGGCUUGGCAGGCUCAUAUCUAUUUCUCAGGUGUACUGUUUGUACUUCUGGCUCUGUACUGCACAAUUAGUAUUUGUAGGCUCAAUCUUUUCUCUAGAUUAUUCUCUCGUGGAUUUUUUCUCUCUCUAAACCUGUGUAUGCUAGUCGUAGGUGUUUCCCGUGGCGUAUUUCUGCUUUGGGAUGCAUAUAAUGAGGCUGGAAGCCUGUACGCACCUAUUGCGUAUAUUUUAUUGAAUAUAGGAUACCCUUGUAUAACAUCAUCCUUUGCAAUACUCUUUCUAGCACUACUGAGAGUUACACAGGUUGAACUGUUGAGUCCUUCAGUGCAGACCCCCAGAGCUCUGAGUAUAUUCUGCUGUGUUCAUCUUCUAAUCUCUAUAUCAUUAGAUAUUACAGUUGGUCUAGUUACUAAACUACAAUACCUUCUCCUCUUAGGACAAGGAAUAUUUAUUGUGUGGAGUUUACUCCUAUCUGCAGGAUACUUCUAUAUCUACUCUACAAUGAAAAAGGUUGUGUCUCGGCAGCAGUGUGAAAUGAACAGAUCUGUUUAUCCAAAGCUUAUGUACGACCAAACCGGUUCCGGUGCCUACUCUAUGCGAUUACCAACAACCCACUCCAACCCUCUCUCCAGAGCUGUAAAUCUGACUCUGGGAGUUGCUGUUCUAGGAAGUCUUAUAGGCGGUGUACAGCUGUACGGUAUGAUCGGUAUGCACGGGUUAUUACGGACUGAUCCUAGGGAUAUACCAGACCCAUGGUAUGGAUACCAGGUUGCUCUACGAGUACUAGAGAUUUUGAUCUGCUUCCUGUUGGCCCUGGUUGCAACUACUCCUUUAAGACAGGAUGGAUCAGCUCCUCCAGGGCGGGGCUGCAGCUCCUGCUCUCCCCUCCUAUGCUGCAGUGGGGAGGGUAACUGUCAGAAAUGCGGAGUUGGAGAAAAUCCGCCUACUCAAUUGGAUGAAGAAAUUUACACAGAAAUCUGUUCUAACAACCACGCUGUUCGAGUUCUGAACCCUGCAGACAGCUACAACCAGACACUGACCAGUUACAACCAGAUAUCCAACAGUCUUUCUCUAACAGAACAGAACCAGAACGUUCACUGUACUGCUACACUUGCACUUUCCGCUAGUGGACAACAUUUAACAAACACGUUGGCCCGUAGGCGGGGACAGGCCGGUCAGCGGUCUAGUCAACACAGCGGAGAUACUAGCGCCACCAUGGACACCGCCUUGUACACAAAUCUCAGAUCUCGGCCCUCCUCGAUGCUGUUUAAUGAUGCUGGAUUUGUGAGGUUCAGGCUUGGUAAUGAUCCUUCUCUUGCACAAACAGAUGUUCUUAGUCAGAGUUCUCAGGAUUUGGCGGAGUCCAGAGGCCCUGAGGCUGGUCAGGGUGCUGAGGCCCUAAGGGAGAGUAUUCGAGGUUCAAGAAGCUUUGAUGAAGGUCUUCUUACGGAAAUUAAGAAGAACUUUCAGGAUAAGAAGAUUCAAGGGGUUUCUCCACUAGAAAGGCCUCAAUCCAACCUUUCCUAUUCAUUUAAACAAAAUCAAGCAGACUCAAGGCAGAUCAAGUCAGAGCUAUGCAGUCCUGACGUAGAGGGUAUCCCAGGGCUUCCCCAGCGACCUGCGUCUAAGCUUACAACUCAUAAUAGAACAGCAUCUCCUCUUUACAACAGGAAUACUGAAUCUGAUACAGAUGUUGGGGAGCAGUAUGAAGCUCCAGCUGGUCUUAUUCUUACAGAAGCUACUAAAAGUUUAGCAGCUCAAGUUAGAAGCGUUGUAGGGUAUAGUGAAUCUGACCUAUCUAGCCUAGACCCGGUAUAUGCGGGGGGUAAAUCUAUUUAUGGAUAUGCCUCUAGAGCUCCCUCCAGAUGCUCGAGUAUAUCUGCGACCCAGAGUUUUGAUAUGAGAGUCUACGGAAGAACAGGACCUAGUGGAGCAGCUACACUAGGCAGGCCGGUCAAACCGAAACUAGAAAAUAAAUUCUAUUAUUAUGGUUCCACGCGAGGACAGAAGAAAUCUAGUCAUAAAGAAACCCUGACCCCUCGUCCCCUUCUUCCCUCCCAGCGAGUUCUAGGUGGGGAGACGAGGCUAGGCCCUUCUCCUCUUCCUCCGAAAGGAGCACCAUCUCCUAACAAUCCUUCACAGUCUCUUUACGAUCAGAUUAUGGGAAAUCAGAGGGAUGUAUCUAGUCCAUAUUUCAGGGAUGUAUCUAGUCCAUCAUCUCUAGCAAUCCAACGAUCUAGAUCUCUAGGGAGGGAUGCUCCUCCUCCUACCUCUUCCAAUCUUCCCCCAAGACCUCCUGGAGCUAGAACACCGACAUCAGUUGCUAGAAAAGUCCUUGAGUCUGUGACUAAAAGACGGAGUAAAGAGAAGAGAGGAAGAAGAGGAGAGGAUCCAGCCCAACAAAGUUUACUUGCAGGACAACUAGUUCAGACAGCUGAUGGUAGAUUGGUGGCCGUAGGUCCGGGGAACACACUUGUAGAGGUUGGGACAUUCAUGGACCCCAGGGCGCGUGCACGUCAGAUAUCCCAAGAUAGAGAGCAGAUGUUGUAUGGCGGAGGAGAGUUUGCACAAGGAAAUGCCAACGGUCGGGAAAUUUAUGGUCGUCUUCCGUUUAAUGGUAGAUUACAAGGAGAGGUACAAGGUACACCUCCUGCUUCUCGGGCUGGUAAAGUGGCGUGGCAGGGUCAGCCCACCUACCCUCAGCAGUCCUCCUACCAAGACCCUAACCUUGUAUUCUCAGAUAGCCAGCUCUUCCAGGAUCAGUCUGGACAAAUAUAUGCAGUUCAACCCUACCUGCCUGAACAGUACAAUGGAGGCCCACCCUUCCACCCUACACAGUAUAGAGAUGAUAUUUAUGAUGAUAAACAGUUUGAUGAGUAUGAGGGCAUGGAGAGUGAGAUAGAUUCUGAACUCUCAAGCCUCUUCAGCUAUGACAGGGAUAUCAAGAAUCUACAUCUCAUUUCCCCUCUGGAAUACGCUGCUAUGCUCAAACAGCAAUAUACCGAACCCUCGGGGGUACUAGGGAAGGAUAUAACACCUGACUCAGGGGUUAUCAUGGACUCUAGGAACCAUUCCAAGGAACGAGACGCAAGGUCGCGACGGGAUCAUUUUAGCGGCGGAACACGAAACUUGAGGAACUCGGAACAGAUACAACAGCUGGAAGAACAGCUUGGACAGCUUGGCGAACAGCUAGGUGAACAGCUGCGCCAUCAUGAUUCCAGCUGCAGUGAAGACAGCUCUAGUGAGAGGGAGGAGAGUAGUGGGAUGGGGAAUGAAUCCUAUUCUAGAGUUCCUCAACAGGAUCAAGAUCUACCAGACUCCAGUGGUCCAUAUCUCUUCAAAUGGGAGGGAUCUUCUCUAGUACCAACCGACCCUAGAACUCUAUCUAAAAGGGUCCGUAAGAUCUCAGUGGACUCCACCAUGUCUGAGACUGAACCUUUAUCAAAACAAUUUUCACCAAGUUCAGAAAAGGAAAGUACUGUUGAAUCCUCUCCAGGGGUUGCUGGAGCAAAAAUAGCAGAUGUUUGUAAUGAAAUCAAAGCGAGGUUUCCAUAA